UUGUAACUAAAAGUUGCUGUUUCCCAGCUGCGUAGAUGUACCCAGAGCAUCUCCAGGUCUCAGCAACCGUCUGUCCUCCCUGAUUUCCCUUUCACUCUGGCAGCACAGCGGCGUGCAACCUGGCUGUACCUGAGGAAGACUUGCAAGAGCCCUAACACGACCUGCAGGAGGAUCACUGCCCUGUACGUGUGGGGCAGAGCCAGCCAAGGGGUGCACGGAGAGGCCAGAGCGGCCGACCUGUGCAGCCCACGAGGCGAUGUCUCCCGGCCUUCAGGAGGGCGCUCGGCUUGGGGAAAGCAAACCCGCGCCCCGCUCCUUUUCCAUCGAGAGCAUUUUAGGACUGGACCAGAAGAAAGACGGCGGCGCUCCACCCAUGAAACCCCACAGGCCUUGGGCAGACACCUGCAGCUCCUCAGAGAAAGAUGUUAACCUAUGUCUACAUGUCCCAAGCCUUACAAAUGGACUCUUAUCCUCUUGUACUGUGGAUCACCCAGUGCCAGAAGAAAGAGUUAUGAAAUAUGAAAGUUACUUUUCAACCUCAGAAAGACUGUCUUUGAAAAGAGAGUUGAGUUGGUAUAGAGGCAGACGACCAAGAACUGCUUUUACUCAAAACCAGAUUGAAGUGUUGGAAAAUGUCUUUAGAGUAAACUGCUAUCCUGGCAUUGAUAUCAGAGAAGACUUAGCUCAAAAACUGAAUCUAGAGGAAGACAGAAUCCAGAUAUGGUUCCAAAAUCGGCGUGCCAAACUGAGGAGGUCUCACAGAGAAUCACAGUUUCUAAUGGUGAAGAAAAACUUCAACACAAAUCUCUUGGAAUAGAUAGAAAACUAAACUUGUGAAGUUUUUUUCCAAUUGCAGAACACAAAGAACCAGUGGAAAUACCAAGUUUUUAAAGUGUGAUGUUUUAUUUUCUGCAUCUAAUCUGAACCUUGUCACUUUCUGAAAAUAUAUUGUAAAUAGUUACUAUAUCAUGGUACCUGUUAUACUUGGGCACUUUUAAAGGCUUUUUCUAUAUAUUUUAAUAAACAUUUUCAGAAACAGCAAGCUAUUUUUUAAGUGAGCAAAUUUAAUGUAAUAAAUUAGUUUGCUAAAAUCAGUAAACUCGUGACUAAGUGGCUCCACAAACUGAAUUACUGUACAUUUAAAAAAUAAUCUAAGUAAAAUCAUCUGGAGAAUGGCACAAAGGUGUGACUUGUUUCAAUUAGUUUCCUUCAAAUGCAUUUUGACAUGUGGUUAUGUUUUAAUAGAUUACCAAAUAUGAUUUAUUCAUAAAUCUUAUUUUCUCUUGAUUUCUGGCAUGAAUCAGUGAAAAUUUUUCACCAUAUAGCAAUAUAAUCCUUUUAGAAUGCCAGUUUCAGCUUUUUAAAAAGCAAAGUCAUUAUACCAAAGUAGAAAUAUAAAAGUAUCAGUUGUCAUAUUCAUACCAUUGCACAAAAGAAAUGAGCUGCAAAUAAAUGCAAAUUUUAAAAUAUUUUUUUAAUUCAUAUAAUGCUGUACUUUAAUUUUAUUCCUUAAAGUGAUAAUGAACAUCUGGCUUAUAUCUGUUUCUAGUGUAGUAAUUCCAAUCAUCUGUAUAUUUUGUUACAAGUAAUAUGUUGACUGAGAAGAUGGGAUAAGACCUGCCUUGAGUAUGUACUCUGACAUACUUGUUGGAAAUAAUCAAGGCACUUUCUGAGACAAACACUAUGUAUUUUCUUUGCAUUUGCCAUUGUAUCUGUCAAUUAAAGAUGCAAAUAGAAUUAAAUAGCAUCUCAAGAAAGGAGUCUAACCAUUGAAAAUCUGUGUAUUUGUUUUCCACUUAAUUAAUGGGAGUCCAAAGUGGGUGUUCUUUUUGAAAUGUUAGCUUGAGGAUUCUGACUUUGUCUCCUAAAAGCCUAUUUCAACUUUGCCCAUUUGAAUUGAAUUCUUCCAUGUUUCCCUUUUCUUUCUUUCCUGUGCCUCUGUCCUUUUCAGUCCCAGUGAUAACCAGAGUCAAAGGUUCUUACUAUUUUUUUCUUUUUUUUUUCUGUUGCAAGAGAAAGAUUAGAGGGAGUUUGCAUAUUAUUGCUGAGGAAAAGUAGCAUGACUCAGAUUUUGGAGCUCUCAAAAAUCAUUUACUGAAAGCACAUUUGGGGAUAGAGAGCUCUGUCUUAACUGGUCAGCAAUGAGCUGCACUUAUUCUGUCCCACUAUCGCUGAGGUGGGGAGGGAAGAGGUCAGAAGGGCCCCAAGGGCAGUAACUGGGAGACCAGAGGCACUAAUGGUUCUCCAAGGAAGACUCCACUGCCAGACUGGGCCAUUUUUCCAGUUUAUAAAGAACUGCCUUAAUUAAUAUAAGAUGUGAAGCACUAUUUAAAAAA